CUUCCUUUUGUGUUAUCCUCAUACCUAGUUUUCAUUAACAAUGGCAGCGAAAGGUUUUUCGAGAAUAUUGGUCAUGUUCUUGUUUGUUUCAGUUCUCGCUAGUCUCCCACCUCCACCUCCACCACCAGACCCUUUCGGUUCUGCACCUCAUCAAUAUAUGUUUCCGGUGGCAAACAAUCCUAACCGGAACCUUAAGAAAUCUCCUCCAAAGUCAGUAGUGGCUGGAGUGGUACUUUUUGUUAUAUCUGUUUCUGUUGGAGUGCUUGUCCGUGUCUGUUUAAGAUCAUCAUCAUCACCACCUGCUGCUGGGACAGUGGUUGGAGUUACAGUGCCACUGCAACAACUCCGAUCAAUGGAGUAAUCAAACCUCAUUGAGAGGAAAUGCCACCAACUUUUAGUCCAUCAUAAAGUUUGUAAAGAAAUUAUUCAGUUGCAAGGAAAUGAUUUUCUCCAUUCCAAGAUAAGUAUGUGAUAAAAGUAUGGGGGACUGUCAAAGUUCUAAUAUUGGACUAGUAUCUAAUUCUUCACCUUCAAAUCAUCCCCAUUAUAUAUAUUUUGUCUUAUCUCGGCCUAUAUUUUAUAGGCGUAAA